AUGCCAUCGGCGCUAUUCCUUGGUCAGACUUUGAAAGGCCGAACGGCGCUUUACACCGUCGUAAAACAACUCCAGGACUGUGUCUGGCUUGCGACGAAUGAGUCUCAGCAAAAAGUGAUCGCAAAGAGUGUCCGGCACUUUCGAUUACAGAACGAGCGAGAUGUGCUACUUCGUUUUCAACGCCGAACAUCUGCUAUCCGCCCACUCGUUGAGGAGCUCGAAGACACUAAUUCCCCUCCUACACUUAUCCUAAAAUACCUCGAUGACGAUGUUCUGAACGCAUCGAACAAACAACAGCUUACUCAUUCCGAGGUGGUGUUUGUCGCAAGAAAGGUGCUCGAAGCACUUGCCGUCUUGCAUGAUGAGGGAUUUGUACACACUGAUAUCAAGCCCAGCAACGUAUUUUGGAAGCACCGUUCACGUGGAGCUCACCUUCAAAUGAAAUGGGGUACUGCAACAGAUAUUUGGUCAUUUGGUGCAACGCUUAUCAGCCUCCUCUACGGAUCUGGAUUUCACAUUUUCAAACCCGAUGUUCCUCCGGAUCAUGACGAGUACGAUGUCAAGAUUCUUCUGAAGCACCAUAGAUGCUUCGGUCCAUUUCCAGAGUCGUACGAACAGAUCGCGGACCAACAACGGUUGGCCAUUCUUACGUGGGUCAUGCAGAACAGUCCACCGGAGACUCUGCGGCCGUUCCAUCUUACCACUACUAAGGAAAUCUGUCAGGACGAUAAGGAAUUCUUGCUAAGGAUAAUGAGGCUAGACCCUCGAGAUAGGCCAUCAGCACGACAACUCUUAGAAGACCAGUGGUUCAAUCAGUCUUGA